UAGCCUACGUGUUUUCUUGUCGCGUGCUCUGCAUCGUGUAUGGUAGAGCUGGCUACGUGACGGGGCUGCUCGGGGAGUGAACUCGCAACAACUGAGUCGUUCUGAACUGAGAGGAUUUGACACACAAUUAGCUAUUAAGCUACAUAUUUAAUAGUUAUUUGAAGGCACGGUGUUUUAUAAAUAAAUGCGUUCAAUGUUUAGCGAGAAAUGUACAUCGUGCAUUUGAAUGAGCCGUUCUGUAGGCAGCUCACGGAACAAAAUUAGCUUGCAUGGUUACAUAGCUAGAAAGGUCAACACUGAAAUUGGUGAUACGAGCCAUUUUGGGGUGAAAUAAUGUCAGGAGAUGCGGUUUGCCUGAGAGACGACAAGCGCACUGGAAAGAUCGGAGCAACUAUGAGCGGCAGAGUUCGAGCGCACAGCCAACAGAAACCGUCAUCUGUCGCCAUGAGCCGGAUGAAGGUGGAAGGCCUCAAGCCAGAGUCCGAGAGGGACUCAGGAUUCUCAGAUGCGAGUUCGGAGCACCUGAGUGCUCUGGAUCAGAUGGACCUGGACGAGACUGCUCAGGGCAUGUACCCAGGCGCCCAGACGUCUCAGCUGGUGAUGGGGGCGCCCUAUUCUGGCCUGUCCCCCAUGAUCUUCAUGAACAACGCCCUCCUCAAGCAGCCAAAUGAUACCCCUCAGUCACCAAAUGCAUGGGGUUUCCAGCCUGCGAUUGAGAUGCUUCCACAGCCUCAGGUGGUCUUCCUGCAGCCCAUGGUGUCUGCCAACCCUUCCUUGCAGAGGAGCGUGUCUAUGAAGCGCCGGCGCUCCAAGAAGUACUUUCCCAUCCUCAAGUCCUAUCCCAAGAUCGCCCCCCACCCAGGGGACAGCUCGUCAGAGCAAGGCAGCUCCGGUUCCACCGAACGGAGCAGUUCGGCCUCCAGCCACUGGGGGCGCCGUCGUGCACAAAAGCAGAAGAGCUGCCCAGCCGGCGUCAUUCUCCUCACCCCUCCCGCACUCCCUGUGACUUCCGGCCUGCGGGCUCCAUCCCCCAAGCAAUGCCCUUCGCUCCAGGAGCCCAGCGCAGACAGCAGCGGGGUCUUAGGGAAUAAGCAGCCGGGGCCCCUGAGCGACAACGCGGAGCGCGCCCCGUCCACCUCCCCGGCCAAACCCUCGUCCCCGCACGCCGAGGCCGGGGCUCUCGCCCCCUUCUCGUGGCCCGUGGAGCAGGCGGACGGCCCCCCCACCGACGACGACUGCGACAGCAAGCGGAAGCGCUUCUGCAACACCUACAACAUCCUGAGCCAGUCGGGGCUGCUGGACAUCACGCUGCGCAUCAAGGAGCUCAUCCGGCAGAACCGGCACAGCCAGGGCCAGCUGGAGCGGCUGCAGACGCAGGCGGGCCUCUUCCGGGAGGCCGUGCAGAGCGGCAGCCCCGAGGUCUGGACCAGGCUGCAGAAGGCCAUGCAGGAGGCGGGGCCCGAGGCCAUGGAAGAGGAGAUCAAGCAUGCUCCGGAGAGGCUGCCCUGAACCCCGCAGCACGACCGGGGACGAUGGUCCGUCCACCUGACGGGCCGACAGACAGAUAGCCGCCGACAAACAGAAUACAGCUGCAACAUCUCACAGUCCAAAUCGAGGUGGGAUUGGGAUUUUUACGUCCAGCUGUACCUCACCAUCGAGAGGCUGCUGUCACAUUUCUGGUGAGGGGAUUGGUCCAAAGGUGCUGUCGAUCACUUCCAAGGAGGUCAAGCCCUACGCUGUAUUUGGGGACUAUGGGAACAUUAAGAUAUCAAAGGGAUAUGUGUAUAAGGCAUGGAAAUUCUAGCACAGCUGGUGCUGUCAGUUUACUGAAUUGGAAAACACUGUGGACCCCUGCAGAUGUUUCGUUUUUUAAAAGUAAUUUACAUUUAAACGAAGGUUGGCUGUUAACUAAAGGCUUAUAAGAAAACUUUGGUCAAAAACUUUGAAAUCUUCCAUUGUUUAUCGUACAUACACUUGGUUUGGUGGCACCCACUUUGGAAGAUAAUGCAUGUCUUUAUGCUCCUCCUGAAUUGAUGGAGGACGUCACAGUGUCUCACGUUUUGAGAAAAAAUAGGGAUCAAAAUGAUUUAAAAAAGCGUCCACGAGAUGAAGCAUUCCAAACGGCAUCAUCCUUCAGUUGGUGAUGCAAGCCACAACUUUGCAGUACUCUAGGCAGAAAGAAAUGUGACAAAAUGGCUCACCAAUGUGGCUCACCAUGCACAGCGAGGAUUCCAUUACAUAGAAAUAUUUAAGAAGCAGGUCUUACUUUUCAAUUUGCCGUCUUCCAUUGAAUGAUUUUGUGAGCUUAAUCUCGAGGUACAUUAACAAAAUUUGAAUUUUUGACCAUAGUUCUCCCAGUUCAGUUACCAAGCAGAUCAUUUAAUCUUUUUAUAUAGCGGUGACUGAAUAAUAACGCAUCAUGGAUUGUUUGUCUUGAUGCCGAUAAAAAUGAAUAACGAUAAUGUUCUAUUUAUGACAUUUUCAAUGUGCUGAUGUCAACUGAAGAAAGUAUUGGCAUGUGGUAAACCUAUAUCAAUCUGUGGCACGGAAAAGACUAUGAAGCACGAACAAAGUUGUGUACGAACCAGAAAAGUCCCUUGAAAUAUAGACUGAAGCAUGGACAUGUAUCGAUCUGGACAUGUUUCUUCAGAGCUUCCAUCACGGAUCCCAAAGGACACUGUCAGCAGUUUUUGCCGAACGCCCCCCGGAACAGCACAAACCUCGAGGAGAAAUUUCUCGCCGACGCAAAGAAAUCCCUCCUCGCCACUUCCGGUGCUCUGUCGAAAAGUGCCGGAGACUCCUGGAGCUGUGGCACCGCGAUGUCGUCCUAGAAGGGCCUCACACGUGCUUCUCCCCCAUCUUUAGGAGAAAAAAAAAGAAACGUUGUCGACGUUAUGUCGCAAAAAAGGCCAUAUCAGAGCUUUGGUUAUUUAUUUUUGUACGACUUUAUGCUGCACUCUGACAAUAGGACUGCAGCAUUUCGGCCUGCUUUAAAUUGUGAUUACUGGGCUUAUUGAGGCAGCUAAAGAAAACGAGAGAAACAAAUAAAAAUGGCAAAGUAACCGUUUCAUUUACAAAGCUUCAUUUAGGGGAUAAUACAUUUCUGGUCUUUUAAGAAAAUAUAUUUUGAACCUGUUUUAAGUACUUAUCUUUUUAUCUCAGCCGUUAAGCACUAUAAAGUGUCUGUAAUUGUGAAGCCGCCAAUGACAAAGUACAUUAACAAUAGGGGGGAGUGAACUUGGAAUAAGAUAGAAUAAUAGAAUAAGUUGUAGACAACAUUAUCUCCCAUGUUCAUGUGCCGUGUGUGUGUGAUUUCUAUUUAUGUUCUUAGUUGUAUAAUAAUUUCAUACGAUAAUAUAAUUCAUUCUUACAUAUACUAAUUAUACAGCAAUGAAUUGCACUCCCAGACAGCAAGACAGUCUGAAGUAUUGACAUUAAAACUGUCUUGGCAAUCUCCUUAAUACUACGUAGGUACCACCACUGUACAAGUGCUGAAUAGAUUUGACUUUCUUGACAGAUGGCUAUACAAUACACAUUUUUUUUCUUAGGCCAGAUUCAGUUAAACUGCAGUACUCCUAGAAUAGUGAAUUUCUGAAACUGGUUUGUUACUUGUGUUGAGUACUUACACAACACAACUCAUGUAUUCAACGGAGAAUUAAAUAAUUAAACAAUGUGUGGGAGAAAGAAACUUAA